AUGACUAUUCCAGAAUAUAAGUGUAACGAGGGUCCCAAUACCGAUGUUUUUAAUGAUUGUCUCAAACCCACAGACGUGUUUUUGAAGUUCAUCGAACCUCAGCUUGAAAAUUUGGUGUACCAAAGUAAUCUUCACGCUGUGCAACGGGACAGAAAUCUGAACUUUAAAAAAGAAGAAUUACUUGAUUCCAUAGGAACAAAUCUACUGAUGGGUUAUCAUGUUUUACCAUCGUGGAGGCACUACUGGUCAGGAAGCUCAGAUUUAGGAGUGCCUCUAGUGUCGAAUACAAUAAGUAGACAGAUAUUCGAUAACAUACUUUCCAACUUACACAUAAAUGAUAAUCCUAAAAUUCCCGUAAGUAAUAAAGACAAACUCUAUAAAUUGAAACCAAUGAUUGACUCAUUGAAUGAGACUUUCAGAGCUUUCUCGAAAGCAACCAGACAUCUUACCAUAGAUGAAUCCAUGAUAACCUUCAAAGGUAGAAGUUCUAUAAAACAGUAUAACCCAAUGAAGCCAAUCAAACGUGGAUAUGAAAUUUGGUGUUGUGCUGACCAAAAAGGUUAUAUUUUACAUUUCGACAUAUACCAAGGGAAGGAGGAAGGCAAUGACAAUGAACCUGAAUUGACUGACUGGGUAUUGGGAGAAAAAGUUGUCUUGAAACUUUGA